CAUAAAUCUCUAGUUCAGUCAUUAACCGCAUAAAACAUGUUUAAUUAAGAUUUUGAAAAAUCUUGUUCAAGAACUUUCAUGAACUCAAGAACACAAAAAUGACAAAAUCAUGAUUCUUAAAUGUUUCAAGCAAAUGAAUACACCAUUAGAAGCGGAAUUUCAUCACAAGCACAAUUCUAUAAUUAGUUUUUCAUAAAACCUCAUAACCAAACCGAAUCGAACGUGUUUGUGUUCGAGUUUCACACAACUUGUUUGCUUCAUUUGUCAAAUUCACAUCUUGUUUUGUAAUUUUGAAUACAUAUUUGAAAUCGUGGUGAAAUUUUAGUUCCAACCGUAUAUAAUUUGCGAAUUAAUUCGUUGAUUUGAUGAGUUUUCGGAUUUUUGUUCAUGACAUGUAAUUGAAGAUGAAGAACACACUCAUCUUGACAAGAUUUAAGCCAGGAUCAAGAAAAUGAUUGCGGCUCUGAAAUCGAGUUAAAAUGACCCGAUUAAAGUAUAAAAAUAAAAAUAAUAAGCUCAAAGUUAAAUAAAUCUCGGUGUUCUAAUAAUAGCUUGUGGUUCAUGCGGGACGUGCAGAUGAGAAAUAGUGUAAGAGGAAUGGACAAUGCCAAUGCCGAUGAUAUCUUUGUUUCGCAACACCAAUGUCAAUUCUCACCUUAUCACAUUCAUACGUCAAAAACACUCCUUGUUUCAUCACCUCAAAUCUCCACCCAAUCUUCUCCAAACCAAAACCUUACACGCUCAUCUUCUGGUCCUCGGUUUCUUUCACCCAACUUCUCCUCAUAACUCCCUUCCUUCACACAUCACCAAUCUCUAUGUCAACUUCGGUUCCUUCCAUUACGCUUUUCUCUCAUUCACUCAACUCCCUCGCAAGUCCAACCUUGCUUGGAAUGCCAUUCUCCGAGCUCUUAUUGGUUCUAGCCACUUUACUAUAGCCAUUCAGUUCUAUCACUCCAUGAUCAGACAUGGUUUCACCCCUGAUAAUUACACGUACCCACUUGUUCUCAACGCCUGUUCUUCUUUAUAUUCUCUUCAAAUUGGGAGAUGGGUUCAUCGUAGCAUCCUCUCCAAUGUAGAAAAGACUAAUCUUUUUGUUCAGUGUGCUUUGAUUGAUAUGUUUGUGAAAUGUGGAAGCUUGGAAGAUGCGCGUAAGGUGUUUGAUGAAAUGCCGGUGAGAGACUUGGCUUCUUGGACUGCGUUGAUUUGUGGGACUGUAAGGAAUGGUGACUGGCUUGAAGGGCUUUCGUUGUUUAGAAAGAUGAGAUUGGAAGGUCUGAAGACUGAUUCGGUUAUUGUUGCGUCUGUGUUACCUGUUUGUGGUAGGUUAAUGGAGGGUUUGAAAUUGGGGAUGGUACUGCAAGGUUGUGCAUUGAGAAGUGGCUUUGAUGGUGAUUUGUAUGUGUCCAAUGCUAUCGUUGACAUGUAUUGUAAAUGUGGUUAUCCACUUGAGGCGUACCGUGUAUUUAGUUAUAUGGUUUGUAGGGAUAUUGUUUCUUGGAGUACUCUGAUUGCUGGUUACGCCCAAAAUGGCAUGUACCGAGAGAGCUUUGAACUGUAUGUUAGAAUGGUGAAUAUGGGUUUAAGAACUAAUGAGAUUGUUGUUACUAAUGUUCUUCCUGCUUUGGGAAAACUCAAGAUGUUGAAACAGGGGAAAGAGAUGCAUAACUUUGUUCUUAAAGAAGGACUUUUAACGGAUGUAGUUGUAGGAAGCGCAUUGAUUGAUAUGUAUGCUAACUUUGGGUCAAUCAAGGAAGCGGAGUCAAUAUUUGAAUACAUGUCAGAUAGAGAUAUCAUGGUAUGGAAUUCACUAAUUGUUGGGUAUAAUCUAGUUGGUGAUUUUCAGUCAGCAUUUUCUACCUUGAGAGAAAUUUGGGUAGAUGAACAUAGGCCAAAUUAUAUAACUUUAGUGAGUGUUCUUCCUAUAUGCACUCAAUUAGGAGCUCUUAGACAGGGAAAGGAAAUCCAUGGUUAUGCAACCAAAAGUUGUCUGGGCUUAAAUGUUUCUGUUGGAAAUUCGCUAAUAGAUAUGUACAGCAAAUGCGGAUUUUUAGAACUCGGAGUGAAGGUCUUCGACCAAAUGAUGGUAAAGAAUGUAAUAACAUAUAACACUAUGAUAUCUGCUUGUGGAGCUCAUGGCCUAGGAGAAAAGGGUUUGACAUUCUAUGAGCAAAUGAAGGAAGCAGGAAUUAAACCAAAUAAAGUCACUUUUAUUUCACUGCUAUCUGCGUGUAGUCAUGCUGGUCUUGUCGAAAGAGGUUGGAUGUUAUAUAGUUCAAUGAUUAAUGAAUAUGGUAUUAAACCAGAUAUGGAACACUACUCGUGUAUGGUGGAUCUAAUUGGAAGAACAGGAGAUCUCAAUGGUGCGUACAAGUUCAUCACAAGCAUGCCUGUGACCCCAGAUGCCAAUGUUUUGGGAAGCUUACUUGGUGCGUGUCGACUUCACAACAAAGUGGAGCUGGCUGAGCUCCUUGCAAAGCAUAUUUUCCAAUUAGAUACUAAAGAUUCAGGCCACUAUGUUCUUCUAUCAAAUUUAUAUGCCUCUGGGAAACGAUGGGAAGACAUGUCAAAAGUGAGAAGCUUGAUAAAGGAUAAAGGGUUGGAGAAAAAACCAGGAAGUAGUUGGAUUCAGGUGGGGCAUCGCAUUUUCGUCUUCCAUGCUACGAGUAUCUUUCAUCCAGAACUUUCCAAGAUUGAAGAAACUCUAGAAAGCUUAUUUUUGGUGAUGAAAAGUGAAGAUUAUAUGCUGGAUAAUCUGGGAUUUUGUUCCCAUGUUAAUGACCAAAAUUUAACUUAAAAUGAAAUAUCUAAUAUUACCAUUUUA